AUGACCAAGAAAAGAAUUUAAGCACAUCAGAAAUUAUCGUCGUUACUCCAAAUCUUUUCCAAUUGUGCUUUUGAUUCGCGAAAAUUGCUGUUCAAAUUGGGUAUAAAGCAAAGGCACAAAAUAAUUUAUACAAGGGAGCAAAGGUUAAGCCAAUGACUUCUCAAAUGUCAGAUAAUGAAGAAAUGGAAAGUUAUGAAAGUUUCCUCAUGAGAAAAGAACAGGCAUCAAUGCAGGAGGAAGGAGCCAAUAAAGAGGAUAGUGAGGAUGAGGAGCAGGAUGAGGAUGAUGAUUGGUAUUGGGAUAGAACUGAUACAAACAUGAAGCACUAUUCGGCUACAAGAAGUAGUAAUCCACAGGCUAACAGAAAUGACAUACAAAGUGGGUCCUCUAAAACCUACACUGUGUCAGAUAAAGUUUUACAGAAGUAUGAAAAUAAAAUCAACUUGGGUAAGCUUUAUAUUUCUGAAUCUGUUCUCAAUAAAGUCAGUGAAAAAUCCAGGCAGAAGGAGUCAGAUACGUACCGAGUUAAAGAUAAAUCUGACAGAGCAACAGUGGAGCAGGUAUUGGAUCCUAGGACUCGGAUGAUUCUUUUUAAGAUGCUCACAAGAGGGGUCAUAUCAGAAAUCAAUGGGUGUAUCAGCACUGGCAAAGAAGCAAAUGUGUACCAUGCAGGCACUUCAUCUGGAGACAGCAGAGCAAUCAAAAUUUACAAGACAUCUAUUCUGAUGUUUAAGGAUCGUGAUAAAUAUGUGAGUGGGGAAUUCAGAUUUCGUCAUGGCUACUGCAAAGGAAAUCCAAGGAAAAUGGUGAAAACAUGGGCAGAAAAAGAAAUGAGGAACUUAAUAAGGCUGAACACAGCAGGGAUCCCUUGCCCAGAGCCUAUCAUGUUGAGAAGCCACGUGCUUGUUAUGGGAUUUAUUGGGAAAAAUGACAUGCCUGCACCUCUUCUGAAAAAUGCUCCACUAUCAGACUCCAAAGCUAGAGAGCUUUACCUAGAUAUUAUACAGUAUAUGAGGAGAAUGUACCAAGAUGCAAGGCUUGUACAUGCUGAUCUCAGUGAGUUUAACAUGCUCUAUCACAAUGGAAAGGUGUAUAUCAUCGAUGUAUCUCAAUCAGUUGAACACGAUCAUCCUCAUGCCUUGGAGUUCCUUCGAAAGGAUUGUUCUAAUAUUAAUGAUUUCUUUGUCAAAUAUGGCGUUGCAGUAAUGACGGUGCGAGAACUGUUUGAGUUUAUAACAGACCCAUCAAUUACUAUGGACAAUAUGGAUGCUUACUUGGAGAAGGUAAUGGAGAUAGCUGUUGAUCGGACAGAGGAAGAGAGAUCUAGCCAAGAUAAGGUUGAUGAAGAAGUGUUUAUGAAGGCAUACAUUCCUAGAACUCUAAAUGAGGUAAAAAAUUAUGAGAGAGAUGUAGAUACAAUGCAGAAGCUGAAAGAAGAAGACAUGGCCCUUAACACACAACAGGAUAACAUUCUCUACCAGACAGUGACUGGACUGAAGAAAGACUUGUCAGGUGCUGAAACGGUUCCAGCCUUGCUUCAGAGUAGUAAUCUUGAAGGGCAGCUGGGAUCAGACUCUGAUGAUGAUGAUGAUGAUGAUGAUGAUGAUAGUGCUAAAGAUUCUGCAUCAGAUUCAGAUGAAGAAAUACAUCCCAAAGAUCAGGAGUCUCAGCCAGCAACGGACAAAAAGGAAAGGAAAAAGAUGGUUAAAGAAGCCCAGCGAGAGAAAAGGAAAAACAAGGUUCCAAAGCAUGUGAAGAAAAGAAAAGAGAGAGUAGCAAAGAUGAAGAAAGGGAAAUAGACUAAGAUUUUAGACAAAAUAAAAUAAGUCAAGGGCAACCUGGUUUAUAAGAUAUCAAUCUAUUCAUCUUACAGAUGAACUGGGAGCAUUACACUGUGUGUACAUGCAUGUGGUGCAUAGAACUACAUUCUUCUCAGAACUUUAGGAAAGUAUUCAGUGUACAUCAGCUUACACUAAGUCAUUCAUUGUAGCUGCUCAUGUUGGCUACUUCACAAUUUUUACUCAUGCAGCAUGAUUGAUUUAUUCCCUAGAUAUACCGGCUGAACAAUUAGCAGUGGUGUCUGCAAUAAUGGAGUGUGAAUUUAAUUAUUUUAAGCUGUGUGUAUAUAUUAACUCAUAGAGCCAUAAUGGGGCAUUAUUCCUCAGGAAUCCACUAAGUAGGGCACCUUUAGAUGCAAUCCCACCACCCUGAUUGUACAGAAAUAAAACCUCUGUAUAAUGAAGUCAUAGCAUGCAUGCCAAAGACAAAAGUUGUAGGGAUGAAGGGGGCUAAGCACUAUUUAUUUGGGCCAUGCACAGGGCUGGACUGGACUUCAAAAUAGACCCUGGCAUGUCAAGUACACAGAGGCCAAAACAGCCUUCACCAGCCCAAUAUAUAGUGACUGACUGUGGCAUCUUACAGCAGCCCCUCUGGCAUUUGCCUUUCCGGGCCUGACCAUGCAGAACAUUUGCAGGCUUUUAUAUACAUAAGAUAUAAUUAAUCAUCAUUGUGGACAAACAAUCCUGUUGGGUUUAUUUAAUGUUUAAAUUAUUUUAUUUAGUAGACUUAAGGUAUGGGGCAAAUCCCCCUACCAGGAAAACCCCAGGCCCCAAACAUUCUGGAUAACAGGUCCCAUUAAUGAAGAAACAGUAGUGCCUUUUUUUCAGCCUAUCAUGUUGCCAAUAAAUUAUAUUGUUAUUCUAA